AUGGUGGAGAUGAUUCGUGAAGCCGCCACGAACCUAGGUAUUUUUCAGGUGGUGAAUCAUGGGAUUCCUGUGAGUCUUAUGGAUGAGGCGGUUCCAGCAGUUCGUAGAUUUCACGAACAAGAUGAAGAGGUGAAGAAAGGGUUUUACACGAGGGAUCUUUCGAGUACACUAGUGUAUAACAGCAAUUACGAUCUGUAUAGUUCCCCCGCCUUGAACUGGAGAGACACCUUCUUUUCAUUUAUGGCUCCGUCACCUCCGCCGCCUGAGGAAUUACCGGAGGUUUGUAGAGACAUUCAAAUCGAGUACUCAAAUCAAGUCAUGAAAUUCGGAGGCGUACUUUUCAGAUUAUUCUCAGAGGCAUUGGGGUUGAACGUGAAUCACCGGAGUUUUAGCUUAAGUGAUGUACAAUUCGUUAACUGGUGCUAUUUCAUGCAACUUGAUAUGCUACAAGAAGAGAAUGACAAUGUCCUUGAGAAGCUCAGGUUUGCUGAAGAAAGUUGUCAGGAUGCAGAGAUGAGGGUUAAGGAUCUUGAGAAGCAGGUGCUCACCCAUAUUCUUCUUAUUCAAUGUCUAUCAUAUAUUGAGACCUAA